UUCCGGGGCGCCUCCGGGCCACGGGUUCUAGCGUCCCUGCGGCUGCCCAAAGACUCCGCCUUCCCAGGAGCCCCCGCGGCCCUGCGAAGAUGGCGGCGACAGCGGCCCCACUUUCCUGAAGCGGCUGCGAUGGAACCUCCUCCAGCUCCGGGGCCGGAGCGGCUCUUUGACUCGCACCGGCUCCCGAGUGACGGCUUCCUGCUGCUCGCGCUACUGCUCUACGCGCCGGUCGGCCUCUGCCUCCUGGUCCUGCGACUCUUCCUCGGGCUCCACGUCUUCCUGGUCAGCUGUGCUCUUCCUGACAGCGUCCUCCGCAGGUUCGUGGUACGAACCAUGUGUGCGGUACUGGGGCUCGUGGCCCGACAGGAGGACUCCGGACUCCGGGAUCACCGCGUCAGGGUCCUUAUUUCCAACCAUGUAACACCUUUUGACCACAACAUAGUCAACCUUCUCACCACCUGUAGCACCCCUCUACUCAAUAGUCCCCCCAGCUUUGUGUGUUGGUCUCGGGGCUUCAUGGAGAUGGAUAGGCGGGUGGAGUUGGUGGAGUCACUCAAGAAAUUCUGUGCUUCCACGAGGCUUCCACCCACACCUUUGCUGCUCUUCCCUGAGGAAGAGGCCACCAAUGGCCGAGAAGGGCUCCUGCGUUUCAGUUCGUGGCCAUUUUCUAUCCAGGAUGUGGUACAACCUCUUACCCUACAAGUUCAGAGACCCCUGGUCUCUGUGACGGUGUCAGAUGCCUCCUGGGUCUCAGAACUGCUGUGGUCACUUUUCGUCCCUUUCACGGUGUAUCAAGUAAGGUGGCUUCAUCCCAUUCGUCGACAGCUGGGGGAAGAGAAUGAGGAGUUUGCACUCCGUGUACAACAGCUGGUGGCCAAAGAAUUGGGCCAGAUAGGGACACGGCUCACUCCAGCAGACAAAGCAGAACACAUGAAGCGACAGAGACACCCCAGAUUACGCCCCCAGUCAGUGCAGUCUUCUUUUCCUUCUCCUCCCAGCCCUUCUUCUGAUGUGCAACUGACCAUUCUCGCUCAAAGAGUCAAGGAGGUUUUGCCCCAUGUGCCAUUGAAUGUCAUCCAGAGAGACCUGGCUAGGACUGGGUGUGUAGACUUGACCAUCACCAAUCUGCUUGAGGGGUCUGUGGCUUUCAUGCCUGAAGAUGUCACUGAGGGAUCUCAGUCCCUGCCCACAGCCUCUGCCCCAAAGUUCCCCAGCUCUGGCCUGGUGACCCCUCAGCCCACAGCCCUAACAUUUGCCAAGUCUUCCUGGGCCCGUCAGGAGAGCCUGCAGGAGCGCAAGCAGGCACUGUAUGAAUAUGCAAGAAGGAGAUUCAGAGAGAGACAGGCCCAGGAGGCUGAAUGAGCCCAAAGGAACAGGAUGGUACCCAGAGCCGCAGGACGGAGACUGGGGGCAGCCCUCACCCAGCUAACAACAGGCCGGAUGAGUGGGUGGUAAAAAGGGAGGGAUGGGGCUCCCCCAAUCUCACAUUAAAUUCAGGGUUUUCACUCAA